AUGAGCGUCAAGACUGUCGAAUUCGAGUCAUUCACUGACCAGAAGCCCGGAACAUCCGGUCUUCGCAAGAAGGUCAAGGUUUUCCAGAAGCCCAACUACAGUGAAUCUUUCGUCACCAGCAUUCUACUCUCCAUCCCCGAGGGUGUCGAAGGCUCGUUCCUCGUCAUUGGUGGUGAUGGCAGAUUCUGGAACCCCGAGGUUGUGCAACUGAUUGCAAAGAUUGGUGCCGCCUACGGUGUCAAGAAGCUCCUGAUCGGCCAGAAUGGCAUCCUGUCGACCCCCGCCGCCAGCCACAUCAUCCGGAAACGCAAGGCCACUGGUGGUAUCCUCCUGACUGCCAGCCACAACCCUGGUGGUCCCAACGAGGAUUUCGGUAUCAAGUACAACCUGGCCAACGGUGGUCCCGCUCCCGAGAGCGUCACCAACAAGAUCUACGAAGCCUCCAAGACCCUCAAGUCGUACAAGAUCGCCGACAUCCCCGAUGUUGACCUGUCGACCAUUGGCUCCAAGACGUACGGCAACCUCGAGGUUGAGAUCAUCGACAGCACUGCCGACUACACCCAGAUGCUGAAGGACAUUUUUGACUUCCCCCUCAUCAAGAAGUUCUUCACCAACAACCCCGACUUCAAGGUUCUAUUCGAUGGUCUGUCCGGUGUCACUGGCCCCUACGGCAAGGACAUCUUUGAGAAAGAGCUGGGCCUGUCUGGCUCGACCCAGAACUGCGAGCCCUCGCCCGACUUCAACGGCGGACACCCCGACCCCAACCUCGUCUACGCUCACUCACUGGUCGAGAAGGUUGACAAGGAGAACAUUCCCUUUGGUGCCGCUUCUGACGGUGAUGGUGACCGUAACAUGAUUUACGGUGCCGGCGCAUUCGUCUCGCCCGGUGACAGUCUGGCAAUCAUUGCCCACCACGCCAAGCUCAUCCCCUACUUCCAGAAGCAGGGUGUCUAUGGCCUGGCCCGUAGCAUGCCCACCUCUGGUGCUGUGGACCUUGUCGCCAAGGCCCAGGGUCUCAACUGCUACGAGGUCCCCACCGGCUGGAAGUUCUUCUGCGCCCUGUUUGAUGCCGACAAGCUCAGCAUCUGUGGUGAGGAGAGUUUCGGUACCGGCAGCAACCACGUCCGUGAGAAGGACGGCCUGUGGGCUGUUGUUGCUUGGUUGAACAUCAUCGCCGGUCUUGGUGAGGCCAACCCCGGCACCACGCCCAGCAUCAAGCAGAUCCAGAAGGACUUCUGGGCCACCUACGGUCGCACUUUCUUCACCCGUUACGACUACGAGAAUGUCGACUCUGAGGGAGCCAACAAGGUCGUUGGUGUUCUGAACGACCUGGUCAAGGACCCCAAGUUUGUCGGCAGCAAGAUUGGCGACCGCACCGUCGUUGACGCUGGCAACUUUUCCUACACUGACUUGGACGGCUCCGUCUCCGCCAACCAGGGUCUGUACGCCAAGUUCUCCAGCGGCAGCCGCAUUGUUGUGCGUCUGUCCGGCACUGGAUCUUCUGGAGCCACUAUCCGCCUGUACAUUGAGCAGUACACGGACGACAAGUCCAAGUACGACCUUGACGCCCAGGACUUCCUCCAGCCCGAGAUCAAGUUCGCAACGGACCUGCUCAAGUUCAAGGAGUUUGUCGGCCGCGACGAGCCUGAUGUCAAGACAUAA